ACUGUGACAAGUUUGAAGUCAAGGACGCGUGAGAGCCUGGUCGCUUUUCAUCGUUUUCUUUAAUGGUAAUUCGUCUCUGAUCAUCAGUUUUCUGUUAGCAACAUUUAUAAAUCACAAGGACAUGAUUCGGCUCAGUAGAAUAACGAAAAUGUUUUCAGAAACAGUCUUCAUUCAGAAGACAAGUUCUGUUCCUUCGAUAACAAGAAAACUUUCUACUAACAUUUGCCUGUCAGCUCCUUCUGAUUGUGCCCUUCCUGAGCCUCCGUUGCCACCUAACAAAGUCAUUUUGAAUACUUUGGGUGAACCAACCUUUUCCUCUCUGGGUUUGAAUAGCUAUUGGCCUUCGGGUUGGUAUCAAUGCUUGUUGGAAACUAUACAUGUGCACCUAGAUUUACCAUGGUGGGGCGCUAUUGCGGCUUCAACUGUUGUAAUUCGUUUAUGUGUGUUUCCUGUCAUGGUGCGUCAACGACGUCAGUUGGCUAAAUAUACAAAUGUGAUGCCUCAAGUCGCUAUCCUACAGGAAAGUUUGACACGUGCUAGACUCUCUGGAAACUAUAUUGAAAUGAUGCGUACUUCUGAGAAGAUGAACCAGCUCAUGAAGAACAAUAAUUUGAAUCCACUAAGUGCCUUUAAAUAUGUGCUUCUUCAAGCCCCAAUUUCUCUUUCCGUUUUCACAGGAAUUCGAGGUUUGGUGAAUCUCCCAGUAACUAGCUUGCAGACUGGUGGUACUGCUUGGUUUACUGACUUAACAGCAUCCGAUCCCUAUUGCAUCUUACCAUUUCUCUCCAUGAGUUUACUCAUGCUGACAUUUGAGACUGGCGCUGAACUACGUUCGAGUCAGGCACAACCUGCUAUGCGUGUUCUUUCAAAAGGGUUACCGGUUGUUGGUUUCUUUUUCGUAAUGAACAUGCCAUCGGCUUUGGUAUGGUAUUGGACUGUUAGCAACAUAGUUUCCCUUCUACAAUCAAUAAUUCUACGCCAACCGUUAAUUCGUUCUUAUUUAAACCUCCCAUCUGUUAAAAAACCUCCUUCAGUGAUCGAAAAGAAGCGUGGUUUUAUCGCAGGAUUCAAAGAAACGUUAACUAAUUCACGCUUGUUAGCGGAGUUGGAUUCAAGAGAACGAAUAGAUGCGAAAGCUUGGCAGAAAUCUGGUCAUAAGGCUCCUCCUGUUACAUUUAUUUCUGACCCGACCAAGCUUACAUCAAACCACGAAAAAAAAUUUUCUUCUGACAAAACAACUGAUAACGGAUCACGAGUGCAGUUAAAAAUGAAACAAAGCCUCGGCAGUCGGUAAUAUUUCCAAGCUUACAAAAACAGUUUAUGUGUUUUCUUCUUUAUGACAAAAAAUAUUUCCUGGAUUUGUAUGGUCAUUUCAAAAGAAAAUAAUAGAUGAUUUUACAUUGACGGAUUCUACUUUUAAAUGUUAAGUUUACGUCGGUGUUAUUCGCAUAAAACUUCCGAAAAACUACCACAUGCCUGUGGAUUACCAUGUUCGUACUUUCAUGUUAUAAUAAAAAAA